CCAACACCGCACUCACACACAGGGUAAAAGUUUGCAGUGUGGAGCUCGGAAGUGACGACGCUGCUGGAUUUCACGCGUUUAAAAGUUGACUUCUGUGAGCACAGACUAACAACAGCGUGCUACCAUUGGACCGAUGAACCCAUCAUAUCGGAACCGAAAGCCUCUCAAUGGACAAGAAAAAAAAGGGGAAGUCGCCGCAAGUGAAGUGCAGUGAUUGAGCGCCGUUUCAAACGCGAACGUUAUGUGAGGAGCAGAUUUUAGAUAUGAACGCGCACAUUUUCAUUGCGCCUCGAAUCUUCCUCGCUUUGGGUUCGCUUCUGCGUGUUCGGGGAUGUGUGCGAGCGCGAUUGAUAAGGUUCUGCUGCUGUUCCCGUUGCUUGUCGUCUGCGCCCUGGGACUUGGCUCCGAGCUGAGGGUUCGGGUCCGGCUCACCGACGGACUGGUGACCGAAGAGGUCUUGGAGGCGGACAGCGAGAAAGACUCCAUAUCGGUGGAGUUCAAGCAAGGAGACGGCACCCUCAUCACCUUUAUGGUCGACUUCAAACAGGAAUUGAAGAUAUUCCGAUCGCUAAUCCUGGGCGAGCUAGAAAGAGGAGAGAACCAGUACCAGGCGCUGUGCUUCAUCUCCCGUCUCGGCCGCAAUGAGAUCAUCCCCAGCGAGUCCAUGGCCCGCCUCAGACAGAAAAACCCGCAUGCCAUUCGCUUGGCAGAGGAGCGUCGCGGCCUGGAGCAGCUGACCAUGAGCGCAUCUGUCAAUGGGAGCCGGGCCUGGCAGCUGAGCGGCCACAUCCACAACAUGUGCAAAGAGGCCCGCGAGGCCAUCUACACCACGGAGGCCGACGUCAAGCACUGGCUGGACAAAGGUGUGGAUGGCUCCAUGUUUGAGGCGCUGCCCCAUACGUCCGAGGUGCCCCAAUUCCAGACGUGUCACGCCACCAAGGACCUGUGGCAGCCGUGCUUGUGCUCGUACGGCCUGCGCCUAGAGUGGUACCCGUGCCUGCUCAAGUACUGCCGGAGCCGCGACACCAUGGGCAAGGGCUCCACCUACAAGUGUGGCAUCAAGAGCUGCAGCAAGGGCUACCACUUUACGUACUACGUCUCUCAAAAACAGCUAUGCCUCUGGGACGAAGAGACCUAGUUCGAUAUGUCUAUUCACAGCAACCCUGGGCCGCAUUUUAUAUGAUAAUGAGUGAAACUGGAUCAGUUGGAGCUGUGGCGAGUUCCAGAUGUUCAUGCUGGGAAGAGGCCUUUUUUUUUUUUUUUGGAAGGAGAAGGGUGGAAAAAAAAAAUCACUCAGCGCUAGUCAUUUUUGCCUUCAAUUUGAAGGGAGACUAUUGUCGCCAUGGAUGACAAACCAGCCAAAAAAGAACAGAACCGAAGGAAAAUUUGGAUGGUGAUGUGCCUUCAUCGAAGUCUGUGAAAAAAACACUUCUCAGCAGUCAUGGUCAGGGUUUCCCAAACUGUGGUUUUGGGAUGGAUGUUUGCGGGGGAGGGUUAAUCACAAACAUGACAAACGAUUAAGGUUUGUUGGAAUAAGUUAAUGUUUGUUAUGUUCGUAACCGUUAAUUUAUCUAUAAUUUGUGAUGCUAUGUCGAUACGUUUUUUUUGGGGAGGGGUAUGGGGACCACUUCCCAAUGCUGGAUUAUUUAUUUUGCUCACAUAUGGACAUUCCUGAACUGCUUUUUUUUUCUUUUUUUUUUAUCUCAAUGAUGUCAUUUUUGCUCCUCUUCCGCCUCAAAGCAAGCUCUUAAUCAACCCAAGAUCCUUAAACAACAAGUAUUCAAACUCAUCCUGGAACGCCUCCGUUUGUGCAUCUUUUUUGUUUCCAAUCUUUUAAUAGGACAGCCUUCGGUUGACCACUUGAACCCAUCAUCAUGGAGUUCAUGCCUCCGCCUGAUUCCAAGUGUGUGGCAAAAUGUGCCAAAGUCAAACGAAAGGUUGUCCAAAAGAAGGGUGUAAUGUUUCUGUGGGUGAAAAGAGUCUCUAUUCAGGACGACUGUUUGCAAUGAACUUUGACACUCACACGCUCAUUAACUGCAAUGUGGCCUUAGAAGUACCUAUACUGCCACCAUAUGGCCAUUUUUAACACGCUCAUAUUCACUUCGUCUCUUAACAGUGAACCAACUCAAAUCUGUGCUCACUAAGAAUGUAUUCUUCAAAGAGAACUUAGUAAACUUGUGGGACCAAAACAGACAAACAUUUGGACUGGUGGCCUUUUUCCUGUGAGCAUCUGCCUUAAUAUUUCUGCCUUUGCCAUGUGUGUGUAGGUCAGGGGUGGGCAACGUAUUGUGAGCACAUUUGAGAAGACCACCAUGCAACUUUAAAAUAAAACAGGAAGCCAGAAACAUUUAACACACAACAGUAUACUGUACCUCUGUAUCAGAAUUCUAAUCCAUCCAAUGUAGCUGAAGUUGUAAAAUGUAUUUUUCCCCAGUGAAAGAGUUUUUUUAUAGAACAUGGAUAUGCGAUAUGAGGAGGAAAUGCAGCAGUUAACUAGUGUGCCAUUAAAGAAUUGCGUUUUACAAGGA